GAGGUGGAGGUGAGAGUGGGAGUUGUUCCGUGUAGUGUCCCGGCUGGAGAAGGAAGAGCAGGGAACUGGGAACCUGCAAAGCAGAGAUCGCUGUACCAGAAUAAGCUGUUGGGGUAUGAGGGCUGGGAGCUGAGCUCCCUGAAGCAGCGGUGAAGGCAGCGGCGGCGGCAGCGCAGCUUGGUCUCUGGCCCCUUCACUCGGCGCCUUCUGCAGCCACCACUGCAGCCGCGCGGCGGGGGCUCCCUCCCUGAAGCCCGCUGGCGGCUCCAGCUGUGUGCCUCUGCGAAGGAAAGGGUUCCUGGAGACUGAUUGGAGGCGAGAGCGGAGAAGACCUCCCCAGCUGCACUGGCUCCCUGGCCCUCUUGCUUGCCAGCAGUCACCUCCUCAGUCCUCGGCUGGCGUACGCACUCCCUCCUGUGCAGGGAGUAGUUUUGGGUGCCGUGGGCUCUGUCCUCUUCUUGGCUGGUGGGAACGGUGUGUCGGAGAUAGGAAGCCUGGUGGACCCGGCCCCUCCCAGCCCAGCGCCGAUGAGUGCCCGGGCACCCAAGGAGCUGAGGCUGGCGCUGCCGCCGUGUCUCCUCAAUCGGACCUUUGCUUCCCCCAACGACAGCGGCAGCGGUAACCCGGGUGCCCGCAGUCCGGGCGCAGGCGGUGGAGGUGGCAGCACCUGCAUCACGCAGGUGGGACAGCAGCUUUUCCAGUCCUUCUCUUCCACGCUGGUGCUGAUUGUCCUGGUCACUCUCAUUUUCUGCCUCAUCGUGCUGUCCCUCUCCACCUUCCACAUCCACAAGCGCAGGAUGAAGAAGAGGAAGAUGCAGAGGGCUCAGGAGGAAUAUGAGAGGGAUCAUUGCAGCAGUAGCCGCGGUGGAGGGGGGCUACCCCGGGCUGGUAGUCAGGUCCCAACUCAAGGAAAAGAAACCCGGCUGGAGAGGCAGCCCAGGGACGCCGCCUUCAGCGCCCACUCCAGCGCCACUGCCACUUCUUUCCCCUCCUCUUCAUCCCCCGGGCUUCCUGGCCAGGGUCCCUGUGCUCCUCUGCAGCCUCCACAGUCAGCGCCCCGUCCACACGGGGCACGUGCAAUCUCCUCUUCUUUGGACACAGCUGGCGAGGGCCUUUUGCAAACGGUGGUACUGUCCUGAUCGUGUAGCCCUUCUCCUCACUCCUUUCUUGUUUCCAGCAUCUUUGGCGUCCUUGCUUUUCUCCCUCCUUCCCUCCUUUUCCAUUUUCCUUUAGCCCUUCUUUCCUCUUUCUCCUUUCCUUAUCUCCCCACCCCCUCCACUCUGUUUCUCCUCCACCAAGGCACUGUGCGGUAUUUGUAAAUAUUGGGCGAGAAAAGUCUCGGAAGAAGAAAUAGUGCUGAUAAUUCUUUAUUAAUAUUUAUAGUAAUAUACUACUAAUAACACAAUCCAAGCGCAUGACAAAUCACACACUUUCUCAUUGUCAAGGAAGGAUGCAUCUUCUCUCUUCACCAUAUAUACCCCUCAGUAAGGAGAAACUGCACAAACUACCAAAUAUAUAAAAGGCAUUGGAACUUGGUACAAAAGGAAGGGAGGGGGCCGAGUAAUGUUGUACAUAGCUGUCAAGUUAAGGUACCCACCCCCCAGCUUUCAUUUUUCCUUUAGCUUCUCUCUCCUCUUUUUCCACUCUCAGCCAGGCUCAGGCAUAUUAUAUUACAAAGAAAAUUCUACAUUAAGCACCAAGACUACAAGGGGCCACAGAGAAAGUCCCAGAAAAAUGUUCAGGACAGAUACCCCUCUCCAGUCAGCCAUCUUCUCAUUCCUUGUUUAAUAACCAUUACUUAUUCCAGAACUGAGCAUUUUAGUUUAGUAAAUGUCUCUCACUGGCCGAGCAUAAUAAAGAGAUUUAAAUCUAUAAAUGAGGGUUUUUUUGUUUUUUUUGUUUUUUUUUUUAAAAAGACCCUACUGCUUUCCACUCCCUGCUCAAACCACUUGUCCACCUUUGAUGUGUGGCAUUUUUAGGAGUCAGAGGGCCUGGGCGCUGUCCGCCAAGGUCUGGUGCUGAAAUCGCCUCAGUCAUGGUUACAGCACUUCCUCUGAUUAUGAUGGUGGAGGAGGGGCUGUUUUGGAAAGUGACUAUACUGGCUUUUGGGUUUUUCCCCCUUCUUUUUCUACAGUCAGGUUAGCGUGUACUAUUGGUUUUCUUAUUAAAUGUUGCAUAAGUUACCCUUUUUGUGAAAAAAAAGUUAUUAGGUAAUGUGCAGUACUGAAAGUACAGUAUCUAACCAACCAGGAUGCUUCUGUUUUAUUUUUAGAAUGAAUGCACCUUUGUCAUAUACUUAUUAUAUUGGUACCAAAUACAGAAGAAAACUAGUUCUGUACUAAGUCCUCCAAACUGUAUAUUCUUGUUCGUACUUUCCAGCUGUUGAUAUAAUGGUUACCACUGGAUGAGGAACUCAGUGGUGCAGGGCUGGCUUCUGCUGUUUCUAGAAGUGUUCUUUUUGUACCUUACUCUGUAGUAGACUGUUAUAAAAAGAUGACACACAUGUUUUCCUUCUUCUUUUGCGAAUAACAGAACAACAACAAUAACAGAAGAUAAACAAAUAAUGGAUGUGCAGGAAUGCCAUCUAUUAAAAUGUGAUUAAUAUUUAAACAGUGCCUGUAGUUCUCCCUGCAUGCAGUUAAGUUACCACCUGGAGGCAGUGGUGUGUGAGCUUGCUUGUACUGUAUGUGUUUGGGGACAAAACUGGUGGGGUGUUGGGCAAUUUGGAUGACAGGACAUGAAAAUUUCAAAAGAAUGAAAGCAGCAAAUACUUAUGGGAUAAAAAUUUUUACAGCUUGUUUAGUUAAAAAAUCUGUGCUUGUGUCUGUGGUACAACAAAGAUGGGCUCUCUUUAUUAGUCUGGCUAGGUUAAUUUCUCUGAAUAUAUAAAAAAGUAUUGAGGAGAAAAAUAUUUUUUUCUGUCUUCUCAUGCCAGACAAGACCAUCUCUUUUAGAGGUGGGGUCUGCCUAGGAUUAUUUACCACUUUGUUGCCCUUGGAUUGAUGAUAGAAGGGGCCAGAAGCAAAUUAAAAUCUCAAGUAUAUGCAGUUGCAUCCCUUCUUGGGAACCAAUUCUUUGACAACUAUUGAAAUAUUUGUAAAAUUUAUGAAAGGGAAUGGUUUGCAAAAAGCUCAACAAAAAGAGUAUUUACUAUGUUUCUAGGUGUAAGACAACAGUGUCCCUAAAGUGCAUCCCUCUUCCAAGUAACUAGCGGUUCUAGAUUCACUGUCCUGGUUCCAGAAAUAUACGUUCUUAUCCAGAGAAAAUAUUAACAGUGCUAUUUUUGGUCAUUUAUUAAAUUGCCCAAGUUCAGUCUGCAUCUUUUAUAAGAAUGCUAAGCUUAAUUUUAACUACCCAUUAGGUAGUCACUCAUGCUCCUUCCUGAAGCACAGAUCAUUAUUUAAACAUCCCAUGUUGUAAUAUCAGGAAGACCAUGUUAUAGUCUUUGGAUACAAAAUAUUAAACAAUGAACCAGAUUCUCUCCAGUGCCUUAGUCACAUCCUAAUAAGUAAAAGAGUGCAUUAACUCCUUCAAGCCACUAGGGAAUCUGAUGGUGCAUCAGAGCUCUACACUGUACAUCAGAAUGACUAAGGCACUGUGAAGAGGAAAGUUCAUUAAUUUUUGUACCUUACCCAUGUCCAGCUUCAGCCCUUUAAUACCUUAUUAUAAAUGACUUUUGGAUUUGGAUGUAGAGUAGAAUCAAGAACCCAAAAGGGAGCAUCCUCAUUUCCAAUGAGCUCUACUAAAAUACAUGGAAAUUAAUUUUUCCCCUUAUUUGGUGCACUUUUUACAGUGAAUAAUUUCCCAUUUUAUUAAAGCAAUAAGAUAUUCAGUUGUGAGCUGUAUUGGAUGAUGAUUCCAUUUCCUUGGUGCUGAAGCUACUCAUAUGUUCUUGCCUUAUGAAUUAUAGUACAUUCAAGGCAUGCAAUAAUAAUCUCCUUCCAAGGAACAGCCUGUACACAGUGUAAGAUAAUAUCCUAUAUAGUUUUUUCCAAAUGAAUAGAAGAAGCAAGAGAUUUAAAAAAAUAGUGUAUAUUGUUUAAAUAUCUUAAUACCUCUAUACAUGGACCAUCUGUAAUAGACUGAUUUAUUGUGCACCUUUGCAUGUAUAUGCCUUUCUCCAUUAAUUUACUAUGGUUUAAUAUUUUAAUACUAUCCUCUGAGAAAAUGAUACCAUUUUUAAUCAAAUUUCAUAUUACUUUUAAUAUACUCAGAACCUUAGGCUUCUGAUGGUAUCAGGUAAGAUUUUAAUGAGAUAGAAAGAGAAUUACAUGAAAUUCUAGUAAGCCAGUCCCCACACCAAAUUAUUGCAAUAAGCACAUAUUCAAGCAGUUUAUAUAAACUCUGUAUAAAACACUGCUUCUUAUAGAGCUCAGUUGACAGUCCCAGGAGUUUGGGGUGCUACCAACAGGGAAUUUUGGUCUUUGUUUAUAUGAAAUAAAAGGCACUCUGAAAAUAGCUAAAUUUAAGGAUUUUAUUCACUGAUGUCCCGUCAAACUAAUUGCUUCAAACCCCUAUAGCUAUAGUUCAACUUCUGCUCUUGCUAUUCACUAUUAAUAAGGUGGCAUGCUUGAUUUUUAUUGUUUUGAAAAAUGAGAAAAUUGGAGAGAGAAUGACAUUUAUGUAAACUGUAUGAGACUCUAAAUCUUAAAGAUAUAGAUGGAUAUAAUCUUUAGAAUUUAUAUACACCCAUAGAUAUGUAUUUAUAUAUGCAUACAUUUUGUACAAAUUUACAAUGGACUUUUUGUAUUCUCUUUUCUGUCAUUACAAGAAUGAGAUGGUAACCAAAUAGCUGUUCCAUUCUCUUAUCCAGAGAGGAUACUGAGAAGUCAGGUAUAUGCAUGCGAUUGUUUCUCUGGGGUGAAAUCUGAAUGACUUUCCUUAUUUAAUGAAAGGGGAAAGAAUCUUAGUUGACUUUGGAAAUUGGUAAUUAGAUAAGCUUUAUUUCCUAUGCUAGUGACUCAAAUGUAGCAAUUAUAAUAAAGUUAUGGCCAUAUCAAUGUGGUCCAACUAUCUAGAUGGAAGGCAAAAAUAUCCAGAAGAGAGGGAGGGCCAUCUAGGACACAAACCUAGACUUUGGAUCAAUUUUUCAUUUUAAAACUGUUAUGUUGUGUAAGUACAACUUAUAUCUGCAUAGCUAAAGGUAAAGUGAAAAUACGACCAUUAAUUUUUUAGUCUGAUAAGUAAUUUUUGAAAAAUAUGAACAAAGUAGCUUUAAAAAAUUCUUUGACAUCUGAAUUUUCCAUUUCUAUAUGUAUCAAUUGAAUUUGGUAAUGGUUAGAAGUUUAUUUUCCCAAUUUGUACACAUAUCCUUUAAAUGCUUCGAUGUGGAUGACAGCUAAGCAAUUGCUAGCUGAUAUUAUGUGAAAGUUAUGGGCUAAAUUAGAACCGGAACUUUAAUAUAAUCUGGUCCGGCUCCUCAGAGCUAUUCCCGUGUGAAUCUGGAUUUUGAAUUUGAAUCCAAAAAGCCACUUGUUCAAUUUUGCAACUGGUGUUCAUGGCUCACAGAUGCUUCAGUUCAUAUGAGAAUGAUUUGCUCUCUCUCUAUUAGAAUAUUUAAUCACCGUGUUAAACAUAAAUAUAAUUCUGAUCUUUUUUUCAUUUAUUUGGUAACAUUUGAGAAACAGCUUAUAUGGCUCGAUAUCAAUACUUAUUACUGUCACCAACCUAAUAAUACAAUUGGUGCCAGGUAAAAAUGCUUAAGUGAUAAUGUAAAUUUAAUUAGCUUUAAUUGGGGACAGUGAUUUACAAGGUGGUCUUAUGUGUUUGAGGCAGGGAUGUUUCCCUGUAACUUGUAAUUGCAUUGGGUUUUUUCUGUAGAGACAUUAACAAUAACAACAAUGACAGCAACAGACUGACUUUUGAACUUGAGUAUAUCUAACAGGUAGAAUAAAAUAGAUCUUAGAAUUCA